AAAAUGUACCGCCAGAACUCGAAUCAAGUAAUAAAGUCACCAAGCUCCAAAUGAAUUCGGGUCUCGAAUCUAAGAAAGCUCGUGGUCAUGUACAAGUGUCUUCAUGUACCUCGAAUAAUCUUUCGUGGGUAAAAACGUUUAUUGAAAGCAAUAUAGAAACAAGAGAUGACUUAGAUAAUGAAGGCUGGGUACAUAUGG